AUUCGCAUCUAUCAUCAUGUCUUCAUUUAAUUGCCACUGUUGGACAUCUAUAUUACUAUGAUCUUCUUGCCAUAGCUUGCAACAAUGUUUUAAAACACCUUUGUUUUUGUUGUAUUUCGACACCUUGAAACGUCACCCGCAAUUUUCUCAAAAACACUCUGAUAAAACUUUUUACAAUACCUUUUGCCAUCGUUUAGACAACUAAUGUCAGGUCUUAGAUGCCGGCGUCGUAUACCCAAAAUUAUCCCUUUAUGACAAGUUAUCCGCUCUUAUGUGAAAGCGGAUAUGACGUCAUAACGUUGCUAGGGUAACUCAGAUCGUGGUAAAACGUAUAUCAUUUGAAACUUUCCUCUUUCUCUAGCACACCAGAGACGUUUGAUUUGCUCUUGGAUUAAUGAUGGUGGUGCUCUAGUCYCUCAAAUUAAGUUGAACAGUAUCGCUAAUCAAAAAUCUGAUCGAACCACCGUAAGGCACACCACGCCUGGUGGAUACAUUGUGAGUUGCGGGGUUACAAGCAUUCUAUUAGCUCAGCUCAAAUAACUUCAAACUUUUCGCCUCACAGGGAGAUGCCGAGGAUCAAAAUGUUCAAGAAUUCCUUUGCCUUCUGGUCUUCAAUCGCCCUAAUUUUCUGCUUAACCGAUGUUUCAUGUCAGACGCGGAAGUGCUUAGGAACCUCCCGCCAUUGUUCUGGGCGAUAUGGGAAAAUGAAGUCUGUCUGUAGAGCGGGAUAUUGCGUGUGUACUGGCCCACACUACGGUUAUGACACUUGCCUGCCUGAUGCAUAUGGAUGUCGAAUCGAGAUUAAUUCUAAUACAGCCCUUGCCAAACCACAGUAUAACAAACAGCCCAUUAGGACAAUCUACAGCUGUACGCCUAGCAGCAGUUCGACACAGUACGAAGUCCACGUACUGUCUGUGUACGAAGGGAAUAGGCACACACGCCCUCCAUCUGCCGGUGAUACUAAUGUCAAUAUUAUCAGCGGUGGCCAGUCAGGCAAACCUGUUAUACUCGUGCUUGCCAGCUAUGAACCUGUUAACUGGAUUCUCAAUUUACCAGCUGGCAUAACCAUCAGUAGAGUCAUCCUUGUUGCCUAUUAUGUGGAUGAAAGCUCUGUUACUGGAGACGUGAACCAAGUUCAAGUAGUCAGACAGAGAGGCACGCGUGAUUCACGGUGGAGAAGAGGAUAUGGCAAUGAUUUAGGAGGAGGUGAUACCGUGGGGCUUCUGCAGAGAGUAUACAACAGAUUUGGUGUAGUGACGUCAUUUACGGGCACUUACAAAGCAGACGAAUGGUCACUGGCGUUAUCUUCCCCACAAGGUACUAAGACCUACAUAUCAUUUUUUCUUGCCUUAUGCUAUCAGUAAAAAUUAGAGAAUCGCAAUAGCACGGGCCGGAAUAAGAAAAACCACGUCCCUUCACUCACACAUUCAAAAAAAGAAAAAGAACCUUUCUUUUCUAAAGAAAGCUUACGUCUCUCAGUCAACUUUCAAAUGGUGGUGG